AGAUGGCCUCCUCCUCCUCAAAAUGUAGGCUAAACGCGCAAGGAAUUGACGAACAACCUCUACUGCACAUUGAAAGACCACAGAUUCAACGUCUUUAUCGACGAGAACGAAUUGACCAGAGGCGAAAUUAUCACACAAGCACUGAAGCAAGCAGUCAAAGACUCUAGGCUUGCUGCUGUCAUCUUCUCAAGCGGGUAUGCCGAGUCGAGAUGGUGUCUUGAUGAGCUGGUCGAGAUCUUGGCCUGCAGAAGAAUAAUGGGGCAAAUGGUUUUGCCAAUUUUCUAUGACAUCGAUCCCUCCGAUGUCAGGCAUCAGAGGGGUGCUUUUGAGGAAGCAUUCCGGGAACAUCAAAAGCGCUCCCCUGAAAUGGUGCAGACCUGGAAAGAUGCUCUUAAUGAAGCUGCAGAGUUGGGCGGCGAGGAUUUUAGUGCGACUGAUGGGUGAUUACUUACUUCCUUUUCCUUUUUAAUUCCUUAAUUAUAAAAUUCAAUUGCCAACCUGACAAUUCUUCAUAUGGAAGGGUGCACCAAUCUCACUGCUGCUUUUAAGGAAUCAAUCCAAAGGGGAUGGAGUGCGAGCGGAAAUGGUGCCCUUUUUCUCCCUGGAAAUGAACUUCCAUCAUGGUUUACGCUUGUCGACCCUCAGGGUGAAAUAGAUGUGCCACAAAGUUUUGGCUGUGAUUUAAAAGCAUUGACUGUGUGCAUCAUUUAUUCUUCAGACAACUCCCAAUCUGGUGUAUCUCUUCACAUUCGUGUUGCAAAUUUUACUCAGAACGCGGAAUUUCUCAUCUCUCCAAUGUGUGUCAAAGUAAUAAAAUCCCAGAUUAUCUUUGGCUGGGACAUUUUUCAAACAUUAAGCUCAAUGUCAAAGGCGGAGACAAGAUAUAUGUUGGUGCAUACUUUGUAGAACCAGCUGCUACUGAUGAUAUUCAUUUCAGGAAGAUUAAAAUAGGGAUCAAUCUGGAAAAGGAAAAAUUAAUCCAUGAAUAUGCACUCGACUGUCAAUCUAUGCCAUAUUCAAGUGAGUACAAAGAGGACGGCAAUCAUAAGACAGGACACAGUGAUGACUCGUCCCAUGAGAAUCAAUCCUGCAGAAGACUGAGGUCCGAUCCAGUGUUGAAAGAAAUGCAGAAGAAGAAACUGAUGAAAUCAUGCAAGAAGGAAGCAGCGUGGGCUAACAGAAGAAGAAAAAGGGAAUUGAAGCAGUUCAAGGACUCACUUUAGAUUUGCAAGAGUCGGAUGAGGCUAGGCUUCAGUACAGAAGCAUUUAGAAACAUGCAGAGUCAGAGAUUGCUCAAACUCAAUUACGUCAAGCUCACUGGCAGUUACAACAAUUAAUCAUUUCAGCAUACCUCACCCCACGCUCAUAACAUAUUUCAUAGCCCUUGGGAACCUGAGUUACGUUGUCUGGGAUACAUUCCAGGUAUGAAGGAAGGUUUGUCGAGCAAAUUGUUGACGAGAUCACUAGAAAACUGAAGAACACAUACAUGACCGUAGCCCCAAACCCAGUUGGAAUAGAUUCUCGGGUGCAAGAAAUUGGUAAAUAUUUGGCUGAUGGAGGAUCAGAUGAUGUCCGCAUAAUUGGAAUUUGGGGUAUGGGUGGACUGGGUAAAACGACGGUUGCCAAAGCCAUUUUCAACAAAUAUCAGGAUAAGUUUGUACGUAAAAGUUUUCUUGCUAAUGUGAGAGAAGAGGAACUGGUCGAUUUGCAAAACAAACUUCUUUCUGAUGUGUUGAGAUUAAGAAACAUAAAGGUUCGUAGAGUUGAUGAAGCGACCGAGGAAAUAAAAACAAGACUUCGCAACCUAAAGGUACUUGUCAUAGUUGAUGAUGUAGACAGCGUGAAACAGUUAGAAGCAUUAGCUAUAAAAUUUUACUCAUUUGGUCCAGGGAGUAGAAUUAUUAUAACCACAAGAGACCAACAUUUGCUAAAGAUGUUAAAAGCGAAUACGAUAUAUCAUCUACCAGCAAUGAAUAAAGAAGAAGCUUCUGAGCUCCUUUGUUGGCAUGCCAACAAUUAUCCUAUUAAAGAAUUUCUUCAAGUCCCAAGAGAAGUUGUUGAUUACUGUGGAGGUUUGCCACUAGCACUUGAAAUUUUAGGUUCUUAUCUAUCUGGGACAAGCAUAAGUGAAUGGAAAAGUAAGUUGGAGAAAUUUAAAAGUCAUCAUAGUAGGGAAAUUCUCAAUAACCUGCUUCUCCUCCCCCAACCCAACGAGCUAUGGUUAUAUAUGGAGCGCCUGCUGGGUUGA